UGUUAGAUAAUCUUUCUGUGCUGGAUUUUUUUUUUUUUGCAGAGAGAUGCGUUGUCUUGACUCUCCCUCCUCCAGCACAGGGCUGAGCGGAGGAGCCGCAGACGUGAGAUGUUCUCGCUGAGAGGAGAGACUGACGCUCCUGUUCCCGCGACAUCAUCAUCCCACACUGGUGGAGCUCCACGGCGCGCGGCGUGAGGCGCUCAGUCCCGCACGGAGGCAGCCACAGGAGGCAGCCACCGCUUCUCCUCCCCUCCCACUGCCACAGGAGCGCAGCAGGGCGACUGGAAGCAAGAGGCCAGCAGGCUCUUUUUUUUUCUUCUACCGGCCACUUGACACACGGUGGAAGAGAGAGCGCUUCUUUUUUUUUCUUCUUUUUUUUUAUAUUGGGGGGUUUACUCUUCUCCUCCUCCUCCUCCUCCUCCUCCUCCUCCUCCUCCUCCUCCCGCCGCCUCCCACUCCUCCAACGAGCGAUGGCAUCCACGGAUCGAUCACCGGGAGCGCGCUGAGGCUCUGAGUGAUGCAGUCUCUGUUCGGCGGAGGGGAGCUGGGGCUGCUGGGAGGAGGCGGUGACGCCGGGGGCCUGAAGGAGGAUGGCUGCGGCAGCGUGGCGUGGCACUCCUCCACCCUGCCCGCCGAUGACGUCUAUUCGGCCUCCCACUUUGCCCUCAUCACCGCCUAUCAGGACAUCAAGACGAGGCUGGCGUGCCUUGAGCGAGAGAACAGCAGUAUCAAGAGGAAGCUCAAGAUCUAUGAGAUCAAGUUCCCGAUGAUCAGCGAGUUCGGGGACAACAACUCCUACUGCUCCUUCGAGAGCAAAGAGACGGCGCUGCUGCACUCGGAAAAUGGCAACCUGCAGCAGAGAGUCAACGUCCUGACCCACGAGCUCCAGAAGAGGAAGGAGAGAGAGGAGCAGCUGGAGGACGUGAUCCAGGCCUACGAGAAGAUCCACAUGGAGAAGAGCAACCUCCAGAGGGAUCUCGACAAGAUGACGAGCCUGGUGGAGAAGCACGUGGAGCGGAUCCUGGGCCUGGAGUCAGCGCUGAGGCAGAGGGACAACUCGCUGCAGAAACUCAACAUGCAGCUGCACAGCAAAGACAUGCAGUACCUGCAGCUGCACGCCGGCCCCGACGCUCACAUGCUCGACUGUCCAGCCUUGACUCUUCAGAGCUCCCGCAGCCUGGACGCCCUGUCCGACCUGAAGCUGCAGCGGCUGGAGGCGGAGCUGGAGGGGGCGCGGCACGAGGCCCAGGGGGCAUGUCAGCGGGAGGAGGAGCUGAAGGGGGAGUGUGAGAGACUGAAGGAGGAGAUGAGGAUGCUGCAGAACAGCCAGAGGGACAGGGUCAGUGUUGGCUGGGUUCAGUCCGCUCGGCGUGCCGCACGGGAAAUGACUUCUCCGUGCAAGCAGUGCGAUGUGGAGUGGAUAAAGAAGGUGGGGGACGAGCAGGUGAAUCUGGCUCUGGCCUACACGGAGUUAACGGAGGAGUUGGGACGCCUGCAAGCGCUGAGCUCCAAGCAGACGGAGAUCCUGAGGAAAGCCUCGCAGGAGCAGGCCAGUCCAGUCCAGCGUCACUCUCCCAUCCACCACCAGCGCCACUCUCCAGUAUCUCAGCGCCACUCGCCCAUCUCACAGCGCCACUCUCCAGUCCCUCCUCCACCGCACCACUCCCCGAUCCAGCAGAGACGCUCCCCGGUGCUGCAGCGCCUCUCCCCAGACAUGCACCGCCGCUCGCCCCUGCUGGACGUCAACGACGGGCCGGCCUCUUACUCCUGCCGGCCUCCCACCCAGCACCUGAGGGCCAGCUUCCAGGGCCGCCGCAGUUACUCCGAGGUCGCCGACCCCUCGGCCUACCAGUGCCCGCCCCGCUUCUCCCUGGACCCUGUCUCCACCCUGCCCAAGCCCCGGCCCUACAUAGAGGGCUACACCAAACAGCAGCCCCAGCAUGUGGGCUCCCCUCACGGUGGACUGCAGCACAGAGGCUCCCCGUCCCCCCAUCAGGGUGGCGCAGGAGGAGAUGGUGAGAGCUCCAUGCGCCACUCAAGAGAGAUGCCAUUCCCACUGUCCGAGGUGGCCCACCUCCACUUUGAGCCCCCUCCUCCUUCCACACCGGCCCCCCAGCCCCCACAGUCCUCCGAGGAUGAGGAGGAGUGGACCUGCCCACAUCCCAUCAGCCCGCCGCGGACGCUGGGCGUGCUCUCCUCCGCAGUGCCCAGUGGCGUGAUGAGAGGCCCGGCGUCCUGCUCAGCCUUCCCCAUCCCUCAGAGGUCCAACACCCUCAGCUGCCACUCGCAGCCGGGCUACAUGUCGGCAGAGCAUGCUCAGUCCUGGCCUUCAAUCAAUCUCUGGAUGGAGACCGAGGAGAGCGACAUGCGGAGCUGCCCUCUCUGCCAGCUGAUAUUCCCCGUCGGUUACCCUGACGAUGCCCUCAUCAAGCACAUUGACUCCCACCUGGAGAACAGCAAGAUCUGAUCGCCAUGGCACCCAGCCACCCGCACACAUCUGCGCUCUCCUCUUAUAGAUCAUGUAAGAGACCGGCAGACCUGGCCCGAACAGAAAAAAAAAAAAGUCAUGGGUAGUAAUCACAGACGUGACCAGUUAGCUAUGUGCGAUCAUCUGUAGGUAGGGAUGCAAAAUGGGCGCAGUGUUUGAAAGUCCUUUUUUCCUUAAAGACAGCUCUGCCUGUAUAAUCACCGGCUCUGGUUGCUGCUGUUUUGUUAUGAGUCUUGUUGUGCGGUUUCAGACAGUUUCAGGUGUCGUGUUUGUUUUUCGCUUCACAGUGUAGUACACUUUGAUUCAGCAAAGUAAGCCAAAGACGAGGUACGAGAGGCAGGCGGGAGGGUUCAGGGGCUCUGCAUGUCGGAUGGUUAGUUUCAGUGUUCGGCGGUGAACGAUCAGGGAGAUCUGAGGCGUCUUUUUUAAAAAAGAAGAAGAAAAAAAACAGAUCACCACUUAGCUUUAAACACUGUACACCUGCUUGGACAUUUUCUAUCUCACACACAAACACACACUACAGUAUUUCUUGCAGAGGAUUCUGUGCAGUAAGUGCCAAGGACAGUGAUCUGGUAGAAGCUGGUUUAUUGAAACGAUCCGACAGAAGUCAUGUAGGACGGUGAUUUAACAGUCGUCGACGGGAGGACUUUAACGACACUGUGAGGGAAUUCUGACUUGAUUUGUCGAUCAGGGUUUGAUGCCAGUUCACUUUCACUUCUCUAAAACGGGGACGUUUGUUUUCCGCAGCAGUUUAGAAAGUAUAAAACAUUCCAGUCUCACAUUUCGUCUACUGACAAAGCCGGGGAACAUGAAUGUGAAAGUACAUUUGGAUGGAGACGAUGUUGAUGCCCUGCAGGGCGGGGCGCUGAUGCGUCUUCUCUACGAGCGGAGGGAAUUUUUUUUUGUCAGAAUAUACCUUUAUGCUUGCGGCCUGUUGAAAAAAAAUUUAAAAAUCUAAAUAUCUUAGCACUUUAAGUUAGCAUAGCCUAUACAAUGUAUCCGUUUUGAGUCCCCAUAUAUAUUUUCCAUGUAUAAUUUACUAUUUAUAUUGUCGAUCUGUAAGGCAAAAAAAUAUGAAGAUAUAUUUUUGCAGAUGUAAACGCACCACGUGUCCAAACGCACGUCGGCGUCUCUCCCAUGUGUUUGCACACCGCUGUAUAUAAGAGGAGUCGAAGAUCGAAUUCUGCCACACGGGAUCACUUUUCUGUACAAGGACGUUCAGUCGUCACCUGGGAUUCUCACUACUGGUCUUCCUAAAGAUCUGACCUUCAAAACAGUUGAUGUCACGACUGCCCAGACCACCCAACAAAAAAACAAAAAAAAAAAAAAACCCACCACCACAACAAAAACACAAAGCUGGCUGCAUGGGAUCAACACUUCUGACCUGCUUUGGUGGCCGGCUUUUUAGUGUACUGUAUUUCUAUCUCGGAGAAUCAGCAAAAGUUAUUUCUGCAGGGUUUCAGCACUGACAAUACUCUUCUUUUGAUACAUGGGUUUUAGUUUUUAAAUCACAAGUGGAAUCUUAACUCCGGAUCUGCUUGUGGGACUUGAACUGUUUUUUCCUUUUUUUUUUUCGUUUUUUUUUCUUUUUGAGGAAAAAAGAAACAAAACAAAAAACACAAAGUUACACUGAUGUCAGCUUAUCUGAGGCUUUCAGUUACAUGUGCAGUUUCUACUUGCGGGGAAGUCCCCGCUCGCCCACCUCCAUACAUUAAAAACUAGUUUGAAGUUACGGAGGAGAUGAAAUGUGGUAGAUGAAGAGCAGAUAGGAUGGAGACUGUGGCGGCAGGAUGAUGGAGGGCACAAGGUUUCAAGUCCUUGCAUCAGAUCACGUCUACCCACCUGAAGUACUCUUGAGCAAACACUGAAUCUCUACCAGCUCUGGAGGCUUUGCUCCAUGGUUUUUUUUUUCCAUGAAGGUUUAAAGAGAGAAAGAGAAUUUUUCAAAGGGGGGGGUCGAGGAAAAUCUCUUUAAAGGAUAACUCUGGUUUAUUAACACUUAGACCUCAUUUCAGAUGGUCUGGACGCUGGUUGUAUUGGUUCUAACGCUGUACUCACCAAGUUAUUUGCUAAAAUCUGGGAACAGAACAACAUUGCUAACAUGCUAACCAGCUGGGCUAGCACUAAUAAGCAACAACAACAACUUUUGUCUACUUUUUCUUGCCAUUUUUUUCCACCUCUUUGUUCAAGAAAAUGUUAUUGAAGAGGAAAUAUAAAGCUCUCUGAGCCAUUAGCAAGCUUGUUAGCUCAGUAAUUACUAUAUUCAAGAGCAGCUUUUAGUCCAACAGAGGGACUUUUAAAAACUGGGACAGUGCAACAAUGCUAAUAAGCUAUUUUAACUGCUUCCAUUUUGGACUCUCUGGCUCUCCGUACCACUCAAAGAUGAGCUUUGUCAUAGUGGCUUGCUUGUUUGUGACCAGGUGACACUUUCACCUUUAGACACUUGUUUUAUUGUUUGAUAAUGUUUUCAACAUUUAAAUGUGUCUAAAGACAUCAUAAGCAUAGUUAAAUGAUUUAAAAAACAACUUUAAUGGACACAGAACUGAUGAUACCCUACCUUUAGAUUUAUUGUGCAAUCACAUGAGCAAGUUUACGUGACCAUACAGUAAAUUACAGUGCGGCACCUACCUCCAACGGCAAACUAACUGCAUGUUAUCGAAACCUACGGGCCAGUUAUCUGUGUUAUUAUUCCAAGUAUUGUUUCGCAACUUAUUUAGCGAGAGACUCUGACACACCCUCCACCUCAAAACCACCACAACACUCACACGUACCUGAGUGACAUUUGGAAACGAGGCUGAGCUGCGAGCUUGUGUCCAGCUUUAUUAUUCUGUACAUUCAUGAGCCCUGUUGAAAAAUGUUGGAGACCUCUGCUGCUGUUUAGCUUAGGUCGUUUUAAAGGCUGCGACAAAAGUGAAACCAGGGUUAAUUAGUGGAGGCGCCUUGCUUACUCACUAACAUCAGAGGGAAUUAUUGCACCUUUCUGAAAUAUAAAAACAUGCAGAGGCUUCACUUCACACAGCAGAUUUAAGGAGUGAGGCGGGUGACAUUGAUCGACUGAUCCCAUCACACUUUUGUGUUACAUCAGUAGAUCUGAAAAGCAUGUUGCGUUGUCGGGUAAGGGGAUUACUCAGCCAUGUCUCAUCCAGCAGAGCCAGCCUAUUAGUUAGUGUACAGUUAAAUAAGUGUAAUGUAAUUUAUUUGCACACUGAGAUCAUGAUAGGAGGGUUUAUAUAAAGAAAAGCUCUGCGUCUUCUUGUGGCUGAAUUAAAAAAAAAAAAGUACCUAACACCUCCACAUUCUAGUUCCUGGGGAAACCCUGAAAACUUCAGAAUUUCACAAGAAAAGGGGAGAAGUUCAAAGUAAACGCAACGCCUAUAAAGCAGAAUUGAUAUUUUUCCAAUUUCCUGCCCGCCUCUUGGUGAUUACAGUGUUUUCAUGUAACCGAUAGAAACCCAGUUAAAAUAAACUGGAAUGAUCCUUUAAAAAGAAACCACAUCCUGAGGUGUACAAAAAAAAAAAAAAAAACGGAGAAAAACUUGACCAUUAAAAUCGAAAGAGGGCUUUAAUGACUCCCGAUUAUUCUAUACUGUAUGUAUGUUCCUAUAUCACUCUGUGUAAAAAAAAAAAAAGAAGAAAAAAAUAUAUUUAAAAGUUGUGUACAGACAGGUAUUUUGCAAGUGUGUAAGGCUAAUGCAACAUGUACUCUAUUACUCAACAACUUCAAAUUGGAGUGUCUGUAAAUCAGUAUAUAUAUUCCUAGCCACCACCACCUCCACCACACUGAAUAUGAAAUUAUAUGCGAGUUAUAUACAAGUACUACCCUACACCUUUCCUCUUUUACUCACUACGUAGUGGUGCGUCCUCUAGUCAACGACAGUAAUAUCCACCUCAGAGUAACAGACCUGUCAGUUUGAAGCUGUGGGAUGUGUGACGGCGAGCACUUUCAAGCUUUGUCACGUCGAAUGAUCUCGACGCAGGUACACUAAGAGAAAAAAAACAUCUUAAAACAUGAAUGUUUGUCUGAAGGUUUCAGUUCUUCUAAAGUAAAUAUAAAAAAAAAGUGUCCGAUGCAUAUUUUUCUAGGCACUGAAAGAAAGAAAGAAAGAAAGAAAGAAGCACAGCUAUCAAAAAUGUGCAUGGUUGUCCGCUCUUCACGGAUGAUGAUGAUGAUGAUGAUGAUGAUGAUGAUGAUGAUGAUGAUGAUGAUGAAAUGUUGCAUCAGAAAAACAUUCAAAACCACACGAGGCUAAACAGCAUUUGGGAGCUUUUAGUUAAGCAGUGGUAUUUUUUAUUUUUUUUUUUAUUCACAGAGGAGAUGUGUAAGUGUCUCACAAACAACGUGAUGUUUUCUUUAGUUUUUUUUUUUUUUUUUUCUUCAUACGGAUAACCU